AUGUAUUCUCAGAUUUAUACUGAAAAUAAUUCGUAUCUAUUCAAUACAACAAAUUUUAAUAAUCAACAUGAAUUAAUAACAAAUAAUAAUUAUUCAUCAUCAGAUUGGCAAAUAUCAAUACCAUUUAAUACUAAUAAUGAAUCAAUGCUUGCAUCAUGUUAUACUGAUGAUCAUGAUACAAAUUCAUAUAAUUCUUAUUUGUAUGAAUGUGUUAAAUGUGGUAUUACACAAUUAGGCCAUAUUACACAUUGGAGUGCAGAUAUUAAUGGAUUUAAUAUAUGUCAUAAAUGUAAUAUUUCUUCGAUCGUCAAUAGAAAAAAUAUUACUUCAGAUAAUCAAUGUGCAAAUUGUUAUACAAUAGAUACAACAUUAUGGAGAAGAAAUUCUAGUGGAGAACGUGUUUGUAAUGCUUGUGGUCUUUAUUAUAAAUUACACGGAAUUUGUCGACCGUUAACAUUAAAAAAAGUUGGAAUACAAAGACGAAAACGUAAAUCAAAAAAAGAUAAAUCAUCAACAAUGAACAAUAUUACAUUUCUUGAUAAGAUCGAUAAACGAUCUUCACCAAUUAUUUUCGAUACAUCAUUAUGUACAUUUAAAAAUUAUCAACAGUCGAAUAAUCUAGAAUCUUCUUAUACAAACUAUUCAACUGAUCCUAUAUCUGAUAAUGUCUUAUUUUCAUAUAAAACAUUUUCAUGA